AUGCAGGAACCCUUCGGCGGUGUGCCCACCGCUCCAGCUCCAUGGAAAUCGGGACCUGGAUUCAGGGCAUCGCAAGAAGCAUCGAGCAAACAGCCGGCUGCCUUAAAGCUAGAGAGGUCGGACUGUUUGAGACGCUCGUCUCUCCUUCUCUCGCACCCGUACACACGAGCACGCAAGCCCGUCGUCUCCAAACACAAGCUCUCCAGGCGCAAGCGUUGUGCCAUGUGCAAACAUACCCAGCGUCCCGGCGCACGCGCCAUCUGCGGCACGCCCAUCUCCUACUACCAAGACAACCUCAAGAACCGCCGCCGCUUCCGCUUCCGACUCUGCCCCGCGACAGAGCGCGAAGUCAUCGACGCCGUCAUCCAGCGCGGCAGGCUCGAGCCGCCUUCCCGCCGCUGGAUUCUUCAGCUUGCGGCCAGUUGCGGCAUUUGGUUCUCGCCGGGGGACAAAACCCGUGGCGGGGUCAGGGCCGGGGCCGAGCCCACGACCAAGGUCCACGUUCCGUACAUCGACCGAGUCCUCGAGGACAAGUUUGCCAACAAGGUCGAGACGAUCCUCAAGCUUGCCGUCAAGAAGGGCAGCAUCGCUACUCCUUCUGCCGUCCACCCAUCUGGACCUACUGCCGCAGUCGAGCAGCUCCAGCCCAGCACCAUCGCAGCCACCAGUGUUACCGUCGGUAUCAAAGCGAGCACCAACGCUGAUGCAAUGACGAUGGAUCGAAGCUCGGAUUCGCAGGAGGGCUUUGUCGAACAGGUAGAAGAGACAGGUCCGAAGGUUCGGGAGAAGAGGAAGCAGAAGAAGACGGUCGCAAGACGAGGACGUCACGAUGCGAUUGAUGCGCUCGUUGACGACAUUUGGGAGAAGAUGUGUCUGUAG